UUCUAGAUAUGAAAUAUAGAACUUCUUUGGUUUCUAACAUUUUGAUUGAGCUGGAACUGGCUUUUAGGAAAGAGUUUGGAGAUAUCUUGACCACUUCAAGUAACGAGAAUAUUUGCAUGAAGAUAUGCAGACAUAUUCUCAUAUGGGUGGAGGAGCAAACAUACUGGAUAGCUUCCCGUUUCCUGAUGUUGGGCUUUGAAUUAGACUUGUAUUCCGCUGGUGAAUAUUGUAUGGUCUACUGGUACAUGUAUAUAAUCCUGAUCAAGCUUGCGGAGAAAACGCAUAUGCGGACGAUGACAAACAAUGAAAUCAGUAAAAGGAAAGGGAAGAAGAAAAGAGAUUUUGUAAAAGAUGGAGGAAAAGAUUAUCAACUCCCACCUUCAAUUAUGUUUCUUCAGUGCCAUGUAUAUCUUGCUGAAGGUCUUACCAUGAUGCUCGCAGCUUUAAGGAACGAACGGCAAGUCUAUCUGAGUACAGGACCUUUCAACAGUGAGCAUGAGAGGUUUGUCCAGCACUUUGAGUUGCUUCUAAAAGCUUGCAUGCCCGAUCAUGUCUCCUAUUAUUCAUUCCAGGAGACGACUGCUCAUGCUCGGCUAUCAAACUUAUCUAUGUACAACUGCUUCAAAGAAGCACAGAGAAGUGCAAAGGAUCUAAGGAGCAGUUUUUCUAAUGAUCCAGAUAAAAUGUCAGAGCUUCGUCGUAUAGAACAAGUUGCAGAACAUAACAGUGUUGCCCUAGGUCUUAUCUCCCGGCUAGGAACUCUUGACCCGUCGCUUAAGGUUCAAUUUGAGUUCAGCCACCAUCCCUUCUUUGCUACCGCGGUUGUGAAGAGAUCUUGAAGAUGAAGUUUUUCUUUGAUCUCCAAAUUUUGCCAUCCACUCUUGUGAAGAAGAGAUCUUGAAGAUGAUUUUUUCUUGAUCUCCAGUUUUGAAUUAUUGUUAGGUCUCAUUGGAUAAUGUAACAUAUUGUCAAUUUUUUUAUUAUUACCAUAUUUUGCCUUUUCAUUUAUUUAUUUUUCAUUACCAAUGAUGUAAUUUGUAAUUUGGGGGAAUAGUCAAUAUUUAUUGUAUAAUAAAGCAUCAAGUACGAGGCUUUUGCAAGAUUA